AAAUUAGUUCAUUGUAGGUUGUCGGAUCGUUUGGAUCGUUGCAUUCUAAUAAUUUUUUAUUUUCUUAUUUCCUUACGAACGUGUAGUGAGAAGGAAAUCACUUUCGUCUAAUAUCGCAGAAAAUAGAAAUAAAGUGCAAAAAAAUUGAUUUCGGUGUUUGCCUGUAUAUUUCAGUUGCAUUUAUCUCUUUACGGAAUCAUGAAGUGGUGGAUGCCAGUUUUGGUGCUAAGCCUUUUGGUUUCUACUCAUAAUGUGCAAGCAGAAGAAGAAGACAUGGAUUUAAUGGAUGAUUUAAAUAUAUCCGAUCUGGAUGAGAGUGAAGAAGAGUUUUUACGACUUUUGGAAGAGAAUAACUUGAAUAAAGAUUUGCAACGAGAAAAUGAAAUUGCCGCAAAAAUGGCAGCGGAAUUAUCUGCUUUACAGAAUAACGUUUUAAAUCCCGUAGUGGAAAUCGAUCCAUGUGAAAAAAUACAUUGCGGCGCUGGUCGAGUAUGUCAGCUCGAUGGUAUGGAGGCGAAAUGUGUUUGCAUUCCAGAAUGUCCAGAAGAAACGGAUUUACGACGUCGUGUAUGCACGAAUAAAAAUGAAACGUGGCCGUCAGAUUGCUCAGUUUAUCAACAGCGUUGUCUAUGCGAUACCAAAGCUGACGGUUGUCUUGCUCCCCUUAAUACACAUUUGCAUAUUGACUAUUACGGUGAAUGUCAUGAACAGAAAACGUGCUCCGAAGAAGAUAUGAAGGAUUUCCCACGUCGCAUGCGUGAUUGGUUGUUCAAUGUGAUGCGCGAUUUGGCCGAACGUGAUGAACUUACCGAGCAUUAUAUGCAAAUGGAAUUGGAAGCCGAAACUAAUAUGACUCGACGAUGGUCUAAUGCUGCCGUCUGGAAAUGGUGUGAUUUAGAUGGCGAUACCGAUCGUUCCGUAUCGCGUCAUGAACUUUUCCCAAUUCGCGCUCCCUUAGUUAGUCUCGAACAUUGUAUUGCACCAUUUUUAGAAUCGUGUGACGCUAACAAAGACCAUCGUAUUACCUUAAUCGAGUGGGGCGCUUGCUUAGGUUUAGAAGCGGAUGACCUCAACGAACGUUGCGAUGAUAUUCAGAAAUCUGUGCCACAAUUGUUGGGUUAAUAAGAAGAAUCUAUGUAAUUCUACAGCUUUUUUUUCUUUUUUUACAUUUAUAUGUACGAAA